CCACCUCGUGACUACGUGACUUCUCUGACUCUCCUCGCCUGCCUGUGCUAUCAACCCCGACGAUACCCAUUGACCGCCAGGCUCAUCUGCGCCGACAAAAGACCUUGCGCACCACCUCGUCCGCCAUCAUGUCGCGCGUGGCCCACUUUCCAGUCCCCGCGGGCAUCCCAGUCUAUGCGCUCGACUUUCUAGAGGAGGAGUUGGUCGUGUACGGAGGAGGCGGAGGCGUUGGCAGGACAGGCGUCACCAAUGCUCUCAAGGUGUUGAGGAUCUUGAAAGAUGACAGAAAGACGGAGGCGCUUCACGAGACGAAGCUGAGCAAAGACGAGGAUGCGCCGGGCUGCUUGGCUGUAGAGAGACAAUCACAUCAAAUCCUGGCCGGCAUCAACUGCCCAGCUGAGCAUGUGAAGGCCGGACGCAACGAGCCAGUCCGGAUCUUUGACUUCAGCGUCACCGCGUCGACAGCUUCAGAGAAGGACAAGGUGCAAGCGCAGAUCACCCUCUCUAAGGCCGCGGCCGCCAAAGGUCUUGACAUCCGGGACCCAGAGUCGUACAUUCGCGCGAUCGCGCUCAGUCCCACAGGCACACACCUCUCUGUCGGAACGUCGGAUGGCCAACACGCGCUGCUUCGAUACCCCUCUCUGGAGUCAGCAUGGAGCGAUACCAGCGCAAAGCCCGAGUCAGUGCAGGAGAUCUUCGACACCGACUUUAGCGAAGAUUCUGCACAGGUGCUAGUCUGCGCUCAGAGGAGCAUCAAGGUUUGGGCGACGGAAGCGGGCAAGGAGGGCGAUGAGAAAGGUGUGGGCGGCGGAAAGACCUCGUCAGGCGCGCAUGCAGGCCGGCUCGUGCAGACGAUCCAGAAUCCGGGCCUGGGAGGCCACUCUGCUGCGCUCGCUGCUGGCAACACCAGCCCACAGAGCGCUGCGUGCACUUUCCGCGCAGCAAAGUUUGGAAGAGGUGACCCUGUGAACGGUGGCACGCGGCAUCGGCUGUUCACUGUGGUUAACUCAGGGUCUGGUGGGUCGGGGUCGAAGGGCAAGGGCAAAGCUGAUCGAAGGAGCUUCGUGACAUCGUGGGACGCCGAUUCGUGGGACCUGGUGGAGACGCGCAAGAUCUCCGACAAGCCAGUGACGGUGUUUGAUGUUUCUUCCGAUGGUACUAAGCUGGCAUAUGGAUCAUCGGACCUGUCAGUCGGUGUACUGGAUGCACGGACACUUCGCCCGCUUGUACGCAUCUUGGAUGCUCAUGGAUUCCCCUCAACAGCUCUCAAGUUUAGUCCGAGCGGCAGGACGCUGAUCAGUGCAAGUGCAGAUAAUACCCUCCGAGUCAUCGACGUGCCCAAAGAUCUCAAGCCGGACAAUGGGAUCGGGGAGCUCUUCGGCUCCAUCAUUGUUGCCAUUCUCUUGGUUCUCGUUGCGAUCUGGAUGCACAACCGGUUUGAUUUGCUCUGAGGCGAGCCAAGAUGCGCGCAUGAAAUCUACAUCCAGACGCUCCCAUGUUCAGCUGCCACGUACAAAUUGCAAACGCUGUCGCGUUGUUUUGAAGGUAACUUACGAAUGAAUGCCGAUUCCUGCUGA